AUGGGUUCUGAAGAUGGUGAUGAGGAUGGUAAUAGUGAGCAGGAUGGAGAGUCUGAGGAUGGUGAUGGAACAGAGGGUGUUUGGUAUCCCGGAGGUCCUUAUGACCUCUCUCUGUUGCCUAAGUUUGGGCAGCAUAUAGCGCAUGACGUCUGGAAGUCAUAUGUGCGAUCUGACUUCAAAUGUAGGGCCCCAUUGAAGAUUCAUCAUCAUGGAAAACACUUCUUUCCUGUAAAAUUCUACUCUGACAAUGUGAAGACACUUGUGGCAGCUGCAGGGUUGGGACACCUUCCGUAUAGUUGUAACGGCGGCUCAGUUGACCUUAGCAUUGUGACCGCCUUUGUUGAGCGAUGGAUGCCAGAGACGUCCUCAUUUCAUAUGCCGUGGGGCGAGAUGACGAUCACUCUAGAUGACGUCUCAGCUCUAUUGCACAUCCCUGUGGUAGGGUCCUUUUUCUCAUUGGGCAAGCCGACUAAGGAAGAGGCUGCCCCUGUGGUUGUUGAUUUGCUGGGGGUGACAAUUGAGGAGGUGCAGGAUGAGUUUCGGAGGUGUAGAGGUCCUAGUCUUCAUUAUGCUUGGCUUCUAGCUCUUGUGAAAAACCGUGUGAAGGAAUCGAAAUGGACAGAAGCAGCCCGAGCUUACUUGUUACGCUUGGUUGGCAUGACUCUCUUUUGUGAUAAGAGUAACACGUCUGUCAGUGUUGCCUAUCUUGAGCUUUUCAGGGAUAUUAGCUUGGCUGGUCAGUAUGCAUGGGGUGCGGUGGCGUUGGCAUAUUUGUAUGGUCAGUUAGGGGAGGCUUGCAAAAAGACUGGGAGGACAGUUGCUGGGUAUUUGACUUUGCUACAGGCGUGGGAAUAUGCACGUUUUCCUGGGUCGCUGUUUGAGAGAAAGGAGUUCCCUCAAUACAAAGCGGAUAUGCCUGUGGCUAGGAGGUGGUUGGCAUUCAGGGGGACAAAGAAAGUGGACCAGAAAAGACUUAAUCUUGAUAACUUUCUCCCUUAG